GCCAAGGCAUAAACAUCGGCACCUUGGGUCGGUAGUUUGUUUUGUUUGACUGGGCUAUCUAAUCUACUUGAAGAUCACCCCCUCCGCAGAUCAACAAGCAUUCGAGCGCAAAAAUUUGGCGAGGCUGACCACAGCUGACAAGCAAAUUGGGCUGCAAGGGCCACCUUUACUCUGGCACUCCCCUCCCUCGAAAAGUAACAACCAAAUCAAUGGAGUCUUCCAGUGUAGCAUUCCUCGGCCCAGUGGCGUCCUUCUCUCAUCAGGCUGCUGCUGAGUAUUUUGGAUCUUCGGCCACACUACUGCCCCACGUGUCGUUUGGGGAUGCCUUUGCUUCUGUCCAAAACGGAACAACGGACUAUGCGAUCAUCCCUUGCGAGAAUUCGACGAACGGAUCAGUCGUCCAAACCCUCGAUCUGCUCAUCGACCGAGAAGAUCGCUAUACCGACGUAAAGGUGGUCGCAGAGUAUUAUCUGACCGUUCACCACUGCCUCUUGGCCCGAAAAGGCGCAUUUCCUUCUUAUCAGCGGGGCGAAACCCAGAUCGCCAAGUUAUAUACCCAUCUUCAGGCCUGGGGGCAGUGCGAGAUCUUCCUCGAGAAGUACUGUAAAGGCGUUGAGAGGCAAGACGUAUCGUCCACGUCCAAGGCAGGUGAGAUCGUUUCGAAGGAAACAGGGGAACAGAGUGCUGCCAUCGCUAGCCGCUUUGCUGCUGAGCACCAUGGGCUAGACGUUCUAGAAGAGAACAUCGAGGACAAGGACGACAACACCACACGCUUCCUCGUCUUGAGGAAUGCCAAGUCGGACAGUGGAGCUCGGCUUCCUGGCGAAGACAGCACCACGGAUGCGACAACAACAACUCAACGAUCAUUGUUCACGUUCAUGGUCCCCCAGGAAGCACCGGGGACACUGGCGGACGCAUUGCUGAUCUUCAAGAAGCAUGGCAUGAACAUUACAAGCAUCAAUACCCGGCCGAGUCAACAAAAACCUUGGAAAUAUGUAUUUCUGGUUGAAUGCGAUAUGGCGUCUACUGACCAAAGCCAACGGGCUGUCGCCGAUAUACUGUGUGGGUUGCGACAAGUGACAGAACAAUGCAAAUACUUAGGGACUUGGGCAAAUCAACUCACGAAGUCCUGAGUAUAUACAGGCCUCCCUACUCUUGGGCAGAGAAGUUUGAAGGGCACCGUCUUCUCACGUCCCUUGCAGGAUAUGGCUGCUCAAAUCUGCCUGGAAAGAGUAUCAACAACCAGGAUGGACCCCGCCCAAGGAAUGAUGAGCCAGAUGAAUAGUAAGGGACUUUAAAGCUGCUCUGUAGAUGUUCACAAAGCC